AUGGAUAUCUCUCGCCCGCCCAUCGAAAAACCUCGAUUUAUCGCUGUAGAAAAAUUUGUAGAAGCUCGCACAAAUUCCAUUGCACAACUCCUAAAAGCCAUUGAUAACGAUGCGUUGGUAUCAGGAGAAGUCACGAAAGGACCCAGAACUGCCGCACAAAGACUGCCACGUCAUAUGAGACGACGAGCGAUGGCUUAUGAUGUUCGACGGUUUCCAAGAUCAAUGAGAGAAUUCGCAGCAUCACAUCUGCUAUCGAAGCAUGCCAAAAAGUGCCCGAGUCGGUUUGCUAGGAGGAAAACUGCAAAUUCUAGAAAUAAAUUCGGCCGAAGCACCAGCACUAAAGGAAUCUGGCUGUCCACUCAUGUCUGGCACGCGAAGCGCUUCCGAAUGAUCAAAAAAUGGGGAUUCAAAAUUGCGGAUCGAAGUUUUCAACGGGGUUUUCGAGCGGUUCUUCGCGAUUCCAACAAGAAUUGUGUGAUUCGAGACAGGUCGUAUUACACCUGUAUUACUGUCGAGUGCCCAGAUGCGUAUUCAAAAAUGCUGCCAUUCUCACAGAAAUCAUGCAGAGGGCAAUCGUCACGCGGUGAAGAAGAGGAAUGUCAUCAAUUGUAUUCUCCUGGAAAAUACCCUUAUGGAUAUAUUGGACCUGCUAGAUUCCAAAAAUUAGCUGGAUAUCAAGAUCAAGUACACAUUUGGAUUCACCCAUCUAGCAAGGCCCAGUUUCUGAGUGCAUUUUCGGAAUACUACAAACUACAGCAAGAAGAAAAGUCAGAAUUCCAUCUAUUCAAAAGUCCAGAAAUGACAGUUUCUGUAGACUCGGAGCACCUAAGCCGUUUCCAUUUAUCCGGUCCAAAGUGUCUUUUGAAACUUCGAGACUCGAUUCGGCUGGUGGAAAAUGAGAAAUUUGAAAGGAGUCACAGCAGAUUUCUUGGCGUUUCUGACUCAAUUUUUUCUUCUACUCGGAAUGGGGAAGUGAUAUAUUUGCUCAUCGAAGAUCCACGGACCACUUGGGAUCGAAAAUCUGCUGUGAAGCAUAAAAAACGAGCAAAAAUGGAACAUAAUCUGGAAGAUUGUAGAGGAGGGAAAAAUGAAUUCUGGAACAAGAAAACGAGAGAGGAAGCAGUGGAGAAACGGAUGGCAGAUGUCGAAUUUCAUAAGCAAAAUGGUUCUAGGAUCAAUGGAGUUGUCUCAACCGCUGCAAAGAUUCCAAUAGUGUUAAUUAUUCGUAACGAAGGGUUGAAGGCGCUGGAUGGAGUUGAUAUCUUAAUUCCAGAGCCCUUUUCCAAAGAUCUAUGGGUGUCCCUCCAACGUCGUGGUGUGCGUGCCAGUGGUCUUCGAGACGAAUACGCGGCACAUUUGGAAUCCAAGGCCCUAUACUUCCCAUUGGAUGACGUGGAAUCAGAAGCUGGCAAGGAAUCUGAAGCCGUUAUGAGGGCCGAGCUAACUGAAAAGUAUCAAGGAAAGCCGCACAAUCGUCGAUGCAAGUACUGGAGUGCUCUUUCGGUCAAAUAUCCAUUUGAAUAUAAAUUUGAUGAGUUGGUCACUGAUUGGAAUGAUGGGCCAUCGGAAACGAAGGCUUUUGCGUGUCGUGAUCUUCAGAAGUUAAAUGAGAUUCAGAUGAAUUUAAAGGGACACGGAGAAGUUCAGAAGGAAGAACCAGGAAUGCUGAUUCCAGUGAGACUUCAGUUUUUCGGAAGAGGAAGGCCUAAAAAAUUCGGGAUGGUUUGUAUUCCAACGGAAGAAGAUUUAGUCUUGAUUCGAUUGGAUAAAACCAAAGAAAUCAUUCAAACGCCUCCAUUUUCUACAGAUGGAGAUGAUGUGGAGCCGAUGGAAGUCGAAGAAGAGGUUCCAGAGACCAGGAAGAUGAUGCAGGGAUUUGUUUCUCUACAGGCGGCUGCUUCUGAGAAACCGAUCAACUUGAAAUGGCUUUUCGAAGAGACCACUCGGCUGGAUGAUAAGACCUCAAAGCGAAAACGAGCAAAUCGAAAGAAAAAGGAGUCCAGGAAGCGUAGAAAGUUGGAAUUCGAGAAGCGAAAAUUAGAGAAUGAGGAGGAAGAGACGCAGAGAGAACAAGUGAAGUACAGAUUCUCGGCUAAUCGUGAGAUAAUCGGUCGACUGGUUGCCGGCGAACAGAGUGUACUUGCUGGACACGGAACUGCCGUUGGCUACAUUUGUGCGAACGCUUUGCUCAGAAUCGCUUCUAACUAUCAUAAAACUAAAACCGUGGUGAUGGUCCGGAAUUCCACCUCCAAGUACUACCAUCCAGCCUAUGUUACAGUUCUAAAAUCUGCUGUUCAGAUUUGA